CACCCGCCAUCCUCAUCCUCCUCUCCCAUCCUCGCUCGUCCGCUGCAUCGCAUCUUCCAGUCGACUCUGUUCCAUACUCUCUCGAUUUCACCGUUCACUCUUGCACAUCAUGGAUAAAUUGGUCGCCCAAUACGCCCGCCCGCCGCAUCAGAAUGAGUUCUACUCGGAGCAAGAGCAGCGUGACCUUACAGAGAGCCUUCCCCCGAUCUCUCUGAAGUUCAACCUGCCUCCUGUUGACAAUUCCAGAGCCUUUCUCCGUGCUAUGACUGAUGACCACUCAAACCCCAGCUGUCCCAUCAAACUUGCCCACGGAACGACGACACUGGCCUUCCGAUUCCAGGGCGGAAUUAUCGUCGCUACAGAUUCGAGAGCUACUGCUGGAAACUGGAUUGCUAGUCAGACAGUCAAGAAGGUCAUCCCCGUCUCACGGUUGAGCCGUGGGGAUGACACGAAGUCUAAUGAGCCGACACCCGGUCUCUUGGGCACCAUGGCAGGAGGUGCAGCGGAUUGCCAAUACUGGUUGAGAUAUCUGAGCCAGCAAUGCACACUUCACGAGAUCCGUCACAAGCGCCGUAUCACCGUCGCCGCUGCCUCGAAGAUCCUCGCCAACCUGACAUACGCUUACAAGGGAAUGGGUCUGAGCAUGGGAACGAUGUUAGCAGGAAUGACCCCUCAGGAAGGCCCCGCUCUCUACUACAUCGACUCCGACGGUACCCGACUCCCCGGAAACCUGUUCUGUGUUGGAUCCGGUCAGACAUUCGCAUACGGUGUCCUUGACGCCAACUACCGCUACGAUUUGACCGAGCAGGAGGCCCUCGAGCUGGGUCGGAGGAGUAUCCUUGCUGCCAUGCACCGUGACGCCUACUCCGGUGGUUUCAUCAACCUGUACCAUGUCAAGGAAGAGGGAUGGGUCCACCACGGCUUCGACGACAUGAACCCGAUAUUCUGGAAGACGAAGCUGGAGAAGGGCGAGUUCUCGAACGUCACGUCGGAGCUGUAAGCGCCGCAGGGUGGCUUGUAUGGUGGAAAUGAUACUCUUACUUUAGGUUCUUAAGAUAUUACAUCUAGUAUAUGUUUCUCA